CCGUCCGGUCACCGGAAGCGCCAGAUAAAGCCGAGGCUGCAAAGUGCGUCACAGAGCGGACCUGUGUGUGGACAACCGACGCAGCUUCAGCACCGACACCGUCAGCCUCCACUUCUCUGCGCGCACAAGCAAUUCCGUCUGUUUGGUUGUUCGGCUCCACCAUGGUGAAGAUCGCCUUCAACUCGGCUCUGGCGCAGAAGGCGCUGGGUAAAGAGGCGACAGUCGCCGGGGAGAAGGACCCUGAGCUGGCCUCUUCUCCAGCGAUCAACGGCUCCACAGGUCGCUGUCUUCUUACCCUGCUGGGCAUUGCCUUCAUCCUCAGUGGCCUCAUCGUGGGGGGAGCGUGUCUUUAUCGAUAUUUAACCCCAAAGAGGCUGUAUCACGGCGCCAUGCAGUACAAUGAAGUGCCAGCCGAAGCCUUUGGAGAGAGCCAGCCGUACUACCUGCCCCGCGUGGAGGAGGAGGUGGAGAUCUCUGACAACAUGGCCGUCAUCAGCGUCCCCCCUCCCCGCUUCAGACCUGGUGACCCUGCAUACAUCCUUCAUGACUUCAACAGGAAGCUGACAGCAUAUCUGGACCUGACUCUGAGGACCUGCUUUGUGAUUCCUCUCAACACCUCGGUGGUGCUUCCUCCUCAGGACCUCAUUGACCUCUUCUCACAGCUGAUGUCUGGCUCUUACCGCAGUUACCUGGUGCACGAGGACCUGGUGGUGACUGAGCGCAUUGAUGACAUCAGACCUCUGGGCUUCUACAUCCGCCGGCUGUGUGAUGGAAAGGAAACGUACAGGAUGCAGCGCCGCUCCAGCCUGCCAGGUGGCGGCAUCCAGAAACGCUCCGCAGACGAGUGCUUCACCAUCCAACACUUUGCCAACACGUUUGUGACGGAGACCCAGAUCUGCAAGGCUUGAUGGGAAACCCUGAGCAUAGGCCAGAGAGUGAGAGUGAAUGAGUCGGAGCGACAGAGGCAGAGAGCUGAAGAGGAGUGGGCUUAAUAGGGAACAACUUUGAGUAGAAGUAGAAAUUUGCUUUUGUCUAAAACUCUUUAUAUCCAGUUUUUGCCUCCCCUGCUUUAACCCCAGUCAGUGACACGUGCGUUUGAGUUCCAGCCCCACCCCUCUCCCCCGUUUAUUCACCCGGACCUACAGAGGUCAUAGCCCUUCUACUCAAGUAGUCAUUAAAUAGUCGUGUUCUGAUAACCUGUCGGCCUGCUUACUAAGACUAUUACUAAGUUUCCUUUGUUCUGUUGGUUUAUGUUGUGUUGCUGUAGCUUCUGCAGACUAAUCUUAUCGUUGUUACCGUGUUACAACAUCUAGUCAGAUGAGAGUUUGCUGCUGGUGUUAGUGAUAAUGAGAAGCCCUUCAUCUCAGUCUGUGUGUCAGCCCAACUGUUCCCACUAUUAACGGCGUUUGUCGACCACCAUUGUCUAUAGCUCUACUAUGCUAUGCUACAUGUUACGGUGUAUAAUAGCACGAGUCACCCUGGAGAAGUACGGUCCACUUGAGUUACAGAGCACAUGUGACAUGUUUGUCAUUGUUUAUGAUGGAUGGUGCCAGGGAUGCACAAACCCAGAGCUCCGUCACCCAGAAUACCCCCUCUGCUCCCAGAAGCCUCUGCUGUCCUUGGUGUGUGAUGAUUCCAUGACCGUUAAAACUCCCCACAUGACCACUGUGUGUGUGUGUGUGUGUGUUUGUGUCAGAACCUCAUCUGUGACCGUGAACUCGGAGGAUGUUUGAUGAGCGUAAAGGAGUGCACAAGCUUAAGGGAAACCUUGCUGUAGUUUUCGAUCAUUUCUUAUUUAUAAAUUUGCUGUCCCACAACACGGGGGUUAUCUUUACUUUUAACAAUAUUAUAUAUUUAAGUAGUAGUCACAGGAAAAAUGUAUCUUCAUAAAUGUGUUAAUCUGAGUUGAAAGACGUCGAGAUAGAGCUCGUAUGGAGUAUGAAUAAAGGGCUUUUUGCCAGAAGGAAUGAUUUUCGUUGGUUUUCCACACGGUGUCUGCAAAGACAGACAAUCAGACAUGAAGUGUGCGUGUGUGUUUCUGUCUCAGCUUUUUUCCUUAAUACUAGAUAAAUAAAAACAAUGUUGUGUGCAGCUACUGAACUUCACUUUGUUGUUGAAUAAAGUAAUUUUACCAGUU